AUGGAAUCAAAUGGGAAAAAUAUGAGUUUAAGAAUGUCCUCAAAGAAAAGAAAUCAAUCACCUGGUGGAGAAAUGAGGCGUUCUAAUACUAAAAAGAAAUCUGUUAAGUACUCGAAACUUCCAGAGGAGCCUGAUCAAUUUGAAGUGUAGAAGCAAAAUAUUGAAGAUGAAAUUGCUGAAUUAGGAGUUAAAUCAUCUCUAAUUGAGAAGAGCAAAAUCAAAGAAUAAAACCUUAGGAAACAUGAAAUAUACGAUAACACUUACUAUAUACCCAAUAACAAAAUAAGAGUGCUAGAAAUACCGAUGUCUUCCUCACUGACAUUCUAGAUGCUUGCCUAUUAUCACUUUUACUAUGAUUUGUUUUACUUAGUCUGCGUGUUUACAACUCAAAUAUAUAAGUUUUGGGUAAUGAAAACAGACAUUAUUGCUAUAAUGGCGCUCAUCAUAACUCUAAUUUGGUUUCCUGUUGAACUUGCUAGAUUGAAUUUUGCAUAUAAAGGAAACAUUAAUGAAACUUUCCCUGAGAUGAUUGCUUUUAUCAUUUUUACAAUUUUCUUCAUCAUGCCAUUCAGCAUUGUACCGAUAAUAUAGUCUUUCAAAUUUCCACAUGAAAAUUGCAUCUAUAUCAUUAACUAUGCGUUCAUUGUUUUUGAGCUCAUUUUCGGUUUUGUUGUUAUGUGUCGUUUUAUGAAUACUCAAUCAGCUGCAUUUUACCUAAGAACUGCCCCAAUUAUAGAUAAAAAUUUCAUCCUCAAAUAUCAAAAUUAGAGUGAAAUUAAACUUUCAAGAGAAAUAGCUCUUGGUGUAAGAAAGUAUGACAGACUGCAUGAUACUACUGAUAUUUUUGAAGACUCUGAUAAAGUAAGACUAUCUUCCAAAAAAGUUCACGUUGAAUGA